AUGGGCAUGGAACACUACACCAAGGUCAGGGACCUCGGUGGCACCAACGGCGCCUUCCUCGCGCGUGACCGGCAGCAGCCGGACCGGCUUGUCGUCAUCAAGCGGCUGGCGGACGGCACUCAAGGAAUCGAGGAGCUCAACGCGUCGCUGCGGCUGCGGCACCCGCACAUUAUUCGCUUCCUCGAGUCCUUUGUAUAUAACGGUAGCCUGUUCGUCGUCAUGUCGUACGAGUCCGGUGGCGACCUCGACGGACUCUUCCACUACCUCACGCAGAGCCACAGGAUGCCGACGACCCACACACUGCUGCUGUGGUUCGUGCAGCUGCUGGAGACCCUUGUGUACUGCCACGAUCACCACGUCAUCCACCGCGACAUCAAGCCGAGCAACAUCCUCGUCUCGGAGGACACGAAGAUGCUGUACCUAGGCGACUUCGGCUCUGCCAAGACCCUCAUCACCUCCAACGUCACCUCCACGUUUAUUGGAUCGCCGAUGUGGAUCUCGCCGGAGGUGCUGCUGGGCACGAGCUACAGCUACGCCGCCGACGUGUGGUCGAUGGGCUGUGUUUUCUACGAGAUGGCAACGCUGCGCAAGCCAUUCUCGGCCCCGAGCUUCGCGCACCUGGUGCAGCAGAUCACGUGGGGCCACAUCACCCCUCUCCCGGCGCACGUGGCGCAGGAGGUGAAGUCGAUCAUUCACUCCAUGCUCGUGCUCGACCCCGCGCAGCGCGUGACUGCCAAGGCGGCGCUGGAGGUGGCGCGAAGCGCCCUCGACCGCGCUGAGGAGCUCCGCCAAGCGUCGCCGUCUUCACUGCGCCCUGCCGGGAUGCCGCCUAAGUCCUCCGCGACCUCCUUGCCACCCCGACUAACGUCGCCGCCAGAGGUGGUCGUACACCAGCCGCGGCAGACCCCACCGCCGCCGCCGUCGCCGCCGCCGUCGCAGCCCUACUCCUCGUGCCCGUCAGCCGGCACCACACCACCUCGAAAGAGGGGCCUCACGAGGGCGGCGGCCCCGUCGGUGCCGACCUCAUCCGAAUCGACGCCGCCGCCCUCCAGCACUAUAAGCGACCGGCUGUUGGCUGUCGCGUCGGAGGCGAAGGCCGGCGAGGAUCCGACGCCGCACGGAUCCCUUCCCACUGCAGCCGCACCCGAAUCCGCGUCGCAGGCGGCCGUAGUGAAGCAACGUCCCGGCGCGUCGUCGCCUGCGUCGGCCUUGCGAGAACCCACAGCCUCCCCCCCGCCGCAGCCACUUGUGGGGAAGGCUCCCGCGUCACGGCAGCCGCCGUCGGUGCUUGUGGUAGAGGCCGCACCGCCAGCCCUUGCGGCAAAGAGGGAGGCGGCAGUGCAAGACAAAGGGGGGCCGGCGGCGUCACCGGUGGAGGACGCACAACUCCGCACGCCGCAGCAGAUGGUGCUGCAGAUCUCCACCACGGGCUUCAGCAGGUCGGCGCAGCGCAAGAAAGCGGCUCCGAAGCGCAAGAACGUGACGACGCACAAGGCAGGCCCGCUGCCACUGCGGCAGCGAGUGCUGAGCGUCCCGGCACAGGCCUCACCACCAACAGAGGCACCAAAGUUCGUGCGGCAGCUCAGUACAGACUCGCUGCCCACCCGGCGUACUGCGGAGCUGCUCGCACCCUCGAACGGAAGCAGUGGGCCGACAAAGGUGGUGGUGAAGGCGGUGCCGCCGACGCACGUGGCGAAGCGCGCCUUGGCCGUGGCGGGCAACCGCGAGAACCCACCGCGUGUGCCGAAGGAGUCGCCGACGCGGGAGGCGCGAGCGCUUCACAAAGCGCGACUGAAGCCGGCGUCACAGCUGCCCCCCAAGCUCGCCGCCCAGGCCACCGGCGCUGCACCGGCAGACCAGUGGUUUGAUCAGCGGAUGCGUGACCUGUGCGCCAUGGAGAACUACCUCCACCAGCACCGCGUGGAUGAUGACAAGGUGUUGCAGGCGUACGAUGCACGACGGCACAAGGAGCAGCAGCAGUGCGAGACGGUGGCCCCAAGGGCAUGUGCACCAGGGAAGCCCUCGGCGGCGCGCCGCCACAGCCCUGCGACGAAGUUCGCCAGUCCGGCGCAGCCACCCGGUGUGCUUGUCAUGACGCCACCGCGCCGCCGCCACCUGUCGGAAGACAUCCCCUCUCCACCUGCACUGUCAGCUGCGCAGCAGCAGCAGCGACAACAGCGGCCUGGCGCGGCCUCGCCUUUCGUGAGACAAGCGUCCUACGCUCGUCAGGGCUCGCACCCUGCCUGCCGCUCCGAAUCGAGGCAGAGCAGUCUUUCAUCCACGUUCAAUGGUCGCCAGGCGAGCAACGCCCGGGCGCAGACGCGCGUGUCGCUGGAGGAGCAGCAGAAGAACGAGGAGGGGCGCGUGAUGGCGCGCGAGAGACGUGAGGCGGAGCGGCAGCGGAUGAAAGAGCUCAUCAGCGCACAGCGCGCCGCGGCGAAGAAGCAAAAGCGGAACGCCAAGAAGGACGACGCCGUCGACGUCCAGAUCGUCUUGCCAGCCAGCCUACACUACACCCCCGAAUGCGUCGUGCCGGCGGACUAG